CAAAAUGGGAAUUUUGAUUUGCACAUGACUGAGGGCAACGCUACGGUUUUAGUGACAGUAUAUACUGUAAUAGUAAAUGAUGGCACUGCUGCAUAGCUUACGCAAAGCUUUCGUCCAUCUAAGUGCACCAGCGUGUUCAGCAAGAUGGUGCCGGGCUCAGAGCAGGGUCUGCUCUACCACCAUACCGGAGAAGCAGGCACCAAACAACUCCAUGUUCAGACACCUGACUUCCAAAAUCAAGGCAACGGGUCCUAUUUCGGUGGCGGAAUACAUGAGGGAAGUUUUAACCAACCCCGUUAUGGGAUAUUACGUGAAAAAUGACAUGCUGGGUGCUGAUGGAGAUUUCAUCACGUCGCCGGAAAUAAGUCAGAUUUUCGGAGAGUUGCUUGGGAUCUGGUGCGUGAGUGAGUGGAUGGCAGCAGGGAGACCAAAGCAGUUUCAGCUGGUGGAGUUUGGUCCAGGGAGAGGGUCCCUGGCCAGUGAUAUUCUGAGAGUGUUCAGCCAGCUGCGUGGGGCCCUGGGCGGGGCGGCUCUCUCGCUCCACCUGGUGGAGGUAAGCCCCAGACUCAGCCAGGUCCAGGCCCGCUGUCUCACAGGAGACCAGAACCGGGCCUCCGGCAGUGAGGAGGAGCCCACGUACCGCAGGGGCACCAGCACCACGGGCCUGCCCGUCGCCUGGUACCGCCGCCUGGAGGACGUCCCCAGGGGCUUCAGCAUCUACCUCGCCCACGAGUUCUUUGACGCUUUGCCCAUCCACAAAUUCCAGAAAACGAAACAGGGCUGGCGGGAGAUGAUGGUGGACAUCGAUCCCGAGACUCCAGACCGGCUGCGGUUCGUCCUGGUGCCAAACCCCACCCUGGCCUCGUCCACGCUCACCCAGAGAGAUGAAAGCAGGGAGCAUGUGGAGGUUUGUCCAGAAGGGGGCGCCCUCGUACAGAAGCUGACCGGUCGGAUUGUGGAGGAUGGGGGGGCUGCGCUGAUCGCCGACUAUGGCCAUGACGGGACGGAGACGGACACCUUUAGAGGGUUUCGAGGUCACAAACCCCAUGAUGUCCUGACCGCCCCAGGCACGGCGGACCUGACCGCGGACGUGGACUUCAGCUACCUGAGGAGGAUGGCGGGGGACAGGGUGGCCUGCUUCGGCCCCAUCACACAGCGGGAGUUUCUGCAGAACAUGGGCGUCGAUGUGCGCCUGCAGGUUCUCCUGCGGAACAACCCGGACGCCUCCACCCGGGCCCAGCUUGUCCGGGGCUUUGACAUGCUGAUGAACCCCGAGAAGAUGGGCGAGAGGUUCAAGUUCUUCGCCCUCCUGGCCCACGGUCGGCUAGCCUCCCCCGCACCGGCAGAUAAGGGCCAGAAGAGGGCGCCAGCGCCGCUCCCGGUGGCUGGAUUCAGCGAGCUCAAGCUCUGAGCCACAGAGAGGCUGAGAAACACUGCGUCACCCAUAAAGGGAUCAGCGCCAUCAGCUAAAUCAACGCCCUCUAAAACUUUGGGCAGACCAGAGAAUAACCUGUAGGAGAACAAGGCAAAGGUGAAGUGUUAAGUCUGUGAUGUGACGGAUCAACAUUCACCCGCUGCAUACCGGAGGAGAUGGUCGAUCUGUGGUACAGCACAUGCACAUCUUUAAGCUCCAUCAGGGGAUGGCGGGAGACCCCUCCCGGUCCUCUGUUCUUCUCUGCACUGAAGGUUGACUCUUCUCCAUGCUGAAGUGGACAGUGUAGGGAUAGAGUAAAAACCACUAAAAUGAACUGACCGCAUGCUGUUUCAUGUUGUACGAGCAGUCAGACGUGAACGUUUUAGGCUUUUUUUUUGUCUGCAGAAUAUGAGAUGCUUACCAUUUCAAGUGUGUCUGGUUUGGAGCAUUUUCAAAAGACACAGAAUAACAGCACACUCCAGGUGUUGAUGUAAAAUUACUUUUAUUAAAUCUAGAUACUGAAACGUACAAAACGCUGAUGCCUGCCAAUCCAGUGGCAACGCAGGCGGAUUAAAGGGUUGGCGGGAUUCGUGGGAUUCGGCCUCAGCGCUCCCAGGAUGCAUUUCAUGUGUCCGUCACUCUGAUCCCAUUUCCCACCUCCUACCAAACAGACUACUCUUCCCAGUCCAGAGAGUGUCCUAGCCAACACUGAAGUGGGCCCCAUCACUCCCAAAAAGAGGAACAUUGCCUCUAUUUGAAGCCAACAGUGGCCUGACCUAGAAGGAAGGGGGUGUUAUCAGUCUUACUCACACACUACAAAAUGUGCAUCGCUUGGUUGGUUCCCGUGGUGUUUACCAAGAUACAGAGCAUUUUAUCAGUGUGCUUGCAUCCACAAUGAGACAUUCUGUUGUGGGCCUCCUGCACAGUGACUGUGUGACAGCUUCAAGCUGAGUCCCAACUGUCCCAAGCUACAGGGUGCCGUUUCAUUACAGAAAUGGCAUCAAUUUCUCAACGACCUUUCUCCCUUUGACCUUAUGUUAAGAUCAAGUGUGUGACAGUCAAUCCAGUAGUUUCAGCAGUUUUUCUGUAAAAUAAAGAUGGUGCUGGAAAACUGGGGGUAACAAAGAGUUUGUUUUUGCCCCAUUUGUAACCGGCUGCACUAAAGGCACUGGGCUCUCCCAUACUGUGCUACUCUGGGGAGAGACUGAUUAUCUUCCCAAGAAACAUUCACCACCUUUUUCUUUCAAAAGACCAAGUCUGUCACUGUGACUCAGCACGUUUCAGCUGCCCUGGUUGUGAUUCAUCUUCCACUGUGUGAAAGAAGUUCUCCACCCUGUGUCUUACUGAGGAUGGAGGAUUAAGGAACUGAACAUAAAUGACCAUCGGGGUCUGCUGUAUUCCUCCUGCAUUAACUGCAGCACAUAACUCUUGGGCACAAAGGCCAUAAAAUUGGUGUUUCAUUGAGGGAUCACUUUCACUAAGGAAUGUACAAGAAAAAGAUUAAAUAUACUUUUAAAUUGCACAUUUAAAAAAAGGGGAAAAAGGUCAUCCCCGUGUACAAAAAUCUUUGAGCUGACACACGUAACAUUCAAGCGGUACAAGAAUGCAUAGAGCUUGCCACACUCCACGCAAUACUUACCAGUACCAGAGUGCACACUCCCUCUUACUUAGAUGAGUAACACAGACCUGGAUACAGGAGUUAGACUAGAACACAUGUAGCAUAAUACAGCAAAAGAAACCAGUUUCUUGUUCUAGCCACUACACCUCAAG